AGCCAGAAUGUAAACAGCUGGAACGUCUGGCAGAGAAACAACACUCAUCAGGCCAAGGCAUCCUAUACUCAUGAGUUUCCUCUCCCUCCCUGACCCCCAUUUCCUUCAUUUCCCCUGGGUGAAUCAGAUCUUAAUGAGGAGACAUUCCAGGUCCUGGCAUGAAUUAAUUCCUCAUUCCCACUUCUCAGAGUGCAAGCUUUUAUCACAAUAGAAGGAAACCCCACUAGUAAAGAAGUGGUUAAACAGACACAGGAAAAAACACACCUACUGCAGCUCUUUCUUGACUGUAGCCUUGGCCAGGCAUUGUGAAGCCCAUCGGAAGACCCACCUCAGGAAACGAUGGAGGUGUUGGUGAGUGAGCUGGGCGUCCUGCUAAAGAUGCUGGACCAGGAGAGCCUCAGUUCCUCCACACAGGAGAAGAAAGCCUCCGUGUGGAACCUCCUGCAGCAGAUCCAGCCAUCAGUUUCAGGAACCGACUACAUCUACAUGAACUCUGCGGUGUACAGAAAUGGCACCAGCUUUGUAGAGUCCCUCUUUGAGACAUUUGACUGCGAGCUUGGAGACCUAAAGGAUGUUACAGAUGAUCUCAAACAAGAAAAUAGCACACAAGCUGACACUUUGGAGCAGCAGAACUAUGCAGACUCCCCUGCCCCAGCACACUCAGCGCACUCUCCUCCCCCUCUGCCCACAACGCCUCCCCCCGAGGAGUUUUAUGAGGAGGCAGUGCCCCUCAGUCCGGGCAAGUUGCCCGAAUACAUCAUCACACGAGUCAGGCCUAGCCCUCCCAACUCUAUAGAGGAUGGGUAUGAAGAUGCUGCAAACAACUACCCCCCUACCUGCAUAAACACACACCGCAAAAACUCAUACAACGACUCUGAUGCUCUGAGCAGUUCGUACGAGUCCUAUGAAGAGGAUGAGGAAGAGCGGAGCCCUGGCGUCCGACUCACUCAUCAGUGGCCCUCGGAUGAGAGCUCCAUGCCUCCUGCCCGGGACUGUCACAUCUGUGCCUUCCUGCUGCGCAAGAAACGCUUCGGCCAAUGGGCCAAACAGCUCACUGUCAUACGGGGCAACAGAUUGCAGUGCUAUAAGAGUUCUAAGGACACGUGCCCCUAUGUGGAUCUGCUGUUGCCCCAAUGCACUGUGGUCUAUGCACCCAAAGACAGCAAGAGGAAGCACCAUGAACUCCGUUUCACCUCACCCAAUGGAGAUGCACUGGUGCUGGCGGUACACAGCAAGGAGCAGGCCCACAGAUGGCUUCGGGUUGUUAGAGAGGUGAGUGGUCAGAGUGUGGGGCCUGAGGAAUCUGCGUCUCCCAUCAUUCCAAGAAAAACUCAACUUGACAAGAGGCUUUCUGCAGAGAGGAACACAUCAGACUCAGACAGCGUGGGUGUGUCAACUGGAGAAAACUGCAGAGAGACUGGCAAGGUGAAACGGGGACCUUUCGCUGCAGGCCGUAAAAUCACACGCAUCAUCAGCUUCUCUAAGAAGAAGCCCCCCCGGCCAGGAGGUCUCCGGACAUCGUACACCGACCCUCGACAAGGCUACGUGUCGGUGCUGGUGAAUCAGGUGUGGCGGGAGCAGUGGUGUUGCCUGUGCAGAGGCUCCCUGCGCUUCUACCAUGACAAAGGAGACACUCGCACCUCUUUGCCUUCACUUCCUCUCCCUGGCUGUGAGGUGGUCCCGGGGCUGGGACCUAAACAUCCCUUUGCCUUUCGAAUCCUACGGAACUGCACAGAGGUGGCUGCUCUGGAGGCCAGCAGCUCUGAGGAACUUGGAAGGUGGCUCGGUGUCCUCUUGGCAGAGACAGGGUCCACAACGGAUCCUGAGUCACUGCAUUAUGACUAUGUUGACGUGGAAACCAUCGCUAACAUUCGCGACGCUGCGCGGCAUUCCUUCUUGUGGGCCACAUCCUCCAGCAGUGCCUCCACAGACUCUAGAACAUAUGAUGAGGUCCCUAAUGAGGACAUGCAGUCAUGGGAGAACCGCAGGCAGCAGUCUGGAAAUCAAGGGAAGCGGCGCUCAAGUUUCUCCAGCAGCGACUCUGACAGAACCAAGCCAUUAGUCUCCCUCAGACGCACAGGCUCAAACGCAAACCAAUAUGGAAGGUAUGGGAAAACGCGAGCGGAAGAGGAUGCCAAGCGUUACCUGAACGAGAAAGAGGAGCUGGAAAGACAGAGGGAUGGGAUAAGAAAUGCACUUGUGACCCUCCGAAAGGAAAAAAAAGAGCUAAAGGAAGAGCUGAAGACAGCCUCUGAGCGGAGGACGUCCUCCCUGACCAAGCGCGGGUCCCAGCUGGAAGACGCCUGUCGAGCUAAAGAGGCGGAGAGGGUGGACCUGGAGCUCCAGCUCACUCAGGUCCAAGAAAACCUCAAGAAGAGCCUGGCAGGCGGAGCGCUGGGUGCCCCUGUUGAGGCGAAGCCCCCAGUUCAGGCCUCUAGAAAAAAGAUCCAGAAUAUCUACAGUGACUCUUUACCAGUAAACUGUGCCUCAGAGAUGCGUCGGAGACCUCUAUCUGUUUAUGCUUCUACAGGAACUGUCAUGCAGAAGGCAAAGGAAUGGGAGUCAAAGAAAGCCACCUAAGAGCAGCAUCAUGGAGAAAGAGCACAGGCUGCAUCCAGGAAAUCAAGUGUACGAAAGAAACCAGCCUCUAGGUGGAGGUCCAUCUCACUGAAUAUUUACUCUGCUGUCUUCCUCCAAGGACUUUUUCCAUGAUGAGGAAUCCAAGACCUGCUCUCUGUCUGUAUCCAAGUAUUUUCAUUUGUCUUUGGUGGCAAACAGGAAAGAGAAGAGUUCAUGAAAGAAAGUGGAAUGAAAAGUGAAGUUAGUGCUCAGCGUUGUAAUGGUAAAGCAAAACCGGAUUGUGUUCUCACCCAGUGUUGCUUAUGGUGAAGUGUUACGUUGUUAGGGGGCCAUGAGAGACAAGUGAUGUGUUUGGAAAUUAUGAGGAUGGAGGAAGUUUAAGCCACGAUGUGUCUUUCAUACAAUGUCUUUUUUUAUCUGCCUGUACAGAUGGAGAAUGUGGUUUGUAUCUUUUAUACUUUUAUACUGUUCAAGGUUCCAUUUCUCAUCAUCAUCAUCAUCAUCAUCAUCAUCUUAAGACGUAAAAUGGCCAAAGGUAUUUAGUUACGUGCCAUAGAGGGCUAAGUGAGUUAUUUCUUUUUGACUGCGCUUAUCAGCUUCUCCUCUCAGGUUGAAGCUGUCCUGAACAGCAACCCCAUCUGCUGAAUAAUCCUCCACCACUUGACCCUCUUCCGCCCCCAUUCAGAAACAGAUAGGUACUGCUCCUCUGUGAUUCAAACCUGUCUUCUCUGACUGGGAGAAUCUCCACUCCGGUAUAUCCUAUUUCAACAUCUUUUCUGCUGAACUUGUGCUUGACCUUUGCACUUUACUGUUCUCCUACUUGGAUAAGGGAAUAAUAAAUGUGGGUCUUAUUCUCAAA